GCCUUUCCUCCUUGCCAUCAUACCCAGUCGCGCCUUCCAUCAGCUAAAGUCAGCCACGAAGAUGCGCGCUGUUUCUCUUCUCAGCCUGCUCGCUCUCGUCGUCUCCCUCGCCCUCGCGACCCAGUACAAGUGUUGUGAACAGCCAGCCUACAGCAGAUGCUACGAAAAUACUCACUGCUUCUCCAAGGAUCCCGUUGUCAAGUCAUGCUGUUGCCAUAACUCGUGCAAAAUGAAGGACGCCUGCUGUUGUGAUUUUCAACAGCGCAAACCGGGAUGCAAGGCCUCUAGCGCCACCAGUUUCCACCCUCUGGCUAGACUGUUGCCCCCAGAUGCGGUAUCUGUCCACAUGGGACAAUUCGAGAACCGCACUGACUCCGUAUGGUGAUCAGAGCGAAGAAGUCAUCGCUGCGCAAGAUCAGGGCAAAUUCAAGGCACUCGAUUGCCCGUGUACGCGCGCUCGCCCAGCUCUCUCAUUUGUCUGCCCACCGCACUCCGUAACUCCUUAACUCCUUUGCAUCACUCAUCGGCUGGAAAGCACCCG